UACUGUCAUUAUUGCACCAUACCUCCUGCUUUAGCCCGACGGGAUCCGUCCAAGAGGCAAAUUAAGCCGGUGAAUACUGAAACUCUCUUAUUGGAUGACCUAGACGAUGAAAGUGAUGCUGAAUAUGUCUACGAUGGCACUGACGAUGACGUAAGUGAUAAUUCAGCAAGUAGUUCCGAAGACGGAAGUGGUUCUUCGGCAUCAGAUUCUGAUACAGGUGGUGAUGAUUCCGACUCUUCGAUUAGGAUUAUUGGUGUAUCUCAUGCCCCAGACAAUUUCAAAGAGGACUCCGCCUUGAAAAAUGCAAUCAGUGUUCCUUCGGAGGCCUAUCCUGUUAACCUAUCUGGUAGUAGUAUGCUGCUUGACUCUUGCAGUCCACAUGUGUCCUCCGACUUAUCCGAUCGAAUCUGCAUGGUUUGCCUGUGUAAACAAACCAACUCAAAUGAUGAAAUUAUUGAAUGUGAUGCAUGCAAAAUUACUGUCCACGAGGGUUGGUCCUUGAUGCUCUGUGACUUUCUUAGACUUGCCCAACGCGAGGGUUUACUUGCUGAGCCGGCCUAUGAAGAGAAUCCCAAUGAUCCCUUCUUUGCGCAAUGCCGGCAGCACACAGAUAAGGAGGUGGUGGCGUAUCGGCGUGUCAACUAUAUUUCGACCUACAAUCGAUGUCAUCUUUUGCGACAGCUAUCAGAAAAGAAGAAAAAGGAUGCCUACUCAAUAGAUGCAUUAGAGGACUUUGCUGCGACAAAUAAUGAAAAAAAGAGCAUAUUUUCCCUAUUGGAUGACAGGCUUAAAGAAAAACUGGAACACUUUCGUCGUCUUUAUGAGAUUAUGCUUUGCAAAAGAGAAGCGCCUUACACGAGGCCUAACAAGGUGCCUGUUUAUCUGGAAAACUCUCCCGUGGCAAUGCGAAUGUUCAUGGCUAAGGCAAUGGCUUUGUCUCUCCCCAUUGACUUGACAGGGGGUUCAGCUGUUACGGAGGCCUUCAAAUCAUUGCCCCCGGGCUGUCCACUAUUCUGUCCCGAUUUUAUUAACUACGUGUUAGAACGUGAGAAGAAGAUCGAGGACUACACCAAAAGGCUGAGCUGUCUGGAAUCCACUCAGAGGAGUUUGCAGUCAUCUGAUGCCAACAUUUCGAGCAAUUACAACACUCUUUCAACUCGUCUCGCCGAAUCUAAUGCCAAGUUGACUGCAAAUCGGAGCAAAGUUACCUACAUUCUGGAAUGCCUAUCGAAAAUCUUGCCUGACAUCAAAGUAUCAGGGGAUUUGGCUGCUCUUCUGACACCACCGGAGGUCGUGGAUGUGCACACCGCGACUGUAACUGAUUCCAAUGCGGUCAUUACCGGUGGUAGUGGUGGCGAUGGCGGCAUCGGUGGCGGAGACGGUGUUGAUACUUCUGUUGCUGAUGGUGAUGGUGAUGUCAGCGGCAGUGGCCGUGUCAGAGUGGAGAGCAGUGGUCGAGUGCGUGCUGUUGGUGGGUGUUCGCGUCAAUCACGAAAACGUUGUCGUAAGGAGCCGGCAACUGUGGCGAAACGUGCCAAAAAGGCCACAAAGGAGAGUGACGUAGUUCUUGUCUCCGAGACAUGUGCUUGUCCAGCCGUUGAGACAAGCGAAGCACGCGUUGAGAAUAUUUUUCACCAAUGCAGUAUCUGCAACGGUUACCGGGAUCAGCACUUGUUGACAACAUGUGAGACGUGCAAAAAGGCCUUCCACAUCGGGUGUCUCGAUCCGCCACUUGCUCGUGUGCCCAAACGCAGUAAGCUCUUUGCAUGGCAAUGUUGUAUGUGCACUGUAGCUGUUGUGCCUCCUGGAGACGCAAUAACUGUUGAUGUGAAUGCUCCCCGUCAGCUUCGUCGCAGCACUGCUCCUCCUGUACUCGCGACACCACCUCCUCUCCCUCCUUCCCUUAUUUCCACAUCGGCUGUCGCUCCUGUAGCUGUUGCUCCAACACCAGUCAAAAUCGUUGCCCCUGCUCCUGGUCCACCACCCCCAAUCCACAGUAAACGCUCCUCUUCCUCUGUGCGAGGUCGUGGAAAAAAUCGACGUGCUCGUCUAGGUCGUCCACGUCGUGUGGAGGCGGAGGCGUACCCUUGUCAGAUGGACACACAAGAUGUAGUGCCUGCAGAGGCCUAUCCUACGACAACUAUUUGCAGCAGCACUCCUUUAGUGGAGGCAGGUUCGGAAGGUGUGGAAGAGCUCUCAGUAUCACAACAACUUAGAAAAGUUGGAUACGGUGAAGAAGGAGACGAGGAUGAUGUAGAGGAAGAUGAAGGUAGCUAUACCGAUGGGGGUGAAAGUAGCGAUAGUGACUCGGAGUCGGACACUGUUGACAAUAUAAAAGAAAAGAGCUCCAUACCUUUGAAUGCCUACGAGGACUCACUGGUCAAGCGGAACGCAUCGGACGAUGAGUUGGCUUCUCUUCGUGGAUCCAAAGUAAAGUUUGUUCGGAUAAAAGACCAUGAGAGCCCCGAUGAAAGUCUCGUCGACGCGGCUCCACAACGCUAUGUCAUCUGUCAAUCUCAAGACGCAACGCCCAAGAAAUCGCCGAUGUCGAGCAACUUCAAGAUUAAAAUACGCAAGUCUACCAACUCCUAA